AUGUCGCCUCCACUGAGGGUUGCCGCAGAGCUGCCUUCGGAUGGGCUCAAGGUGGAGGGAGGAACCUUGCGAGCUGCCAGGGCCUUGGGCUUUGGAGCUAUAGCCUCGAGGGAGUUGCCACUGCUGCUGGUGCCGGGUGACGCCUGGGGCUUCCUGGGCAGUUCUGCGGCCCCGGAGAGCUUCGCAGAGCUGGCGCGGCGCCUGGGAGACGCCACGAGGCUGGCGGCCUAUGCGGCCUUUUUGGGGAUGACCGAGGAGAAGCAAGAAACCUUUCGCAACCUCGGUGUGCCAGCUGGCAGUGGUGUGCCGGAAGCAUCUCAGAAGGCUGUCGCGGCCUUCCUUCGUGACUUUCCGGAGUACACCGAAGCUCUAGAUUGGCAUCUCUUCAAGCAGGUGGUCUCCAUCGUCAGUGAGCGUGGCACCCAGCUGCCCAGCGGACAGCGGGUGGUCUAUGGACGCUCCGAUCUGGCGAAGCACAGCUGUAGCCCCAACGCCGUGACGGAGGUGCUGGGAGAGGAUGGUCUAAGGGAGGUGAGGGUCAUAGGCUUCAAGGGCAUUUCGGAGAAUGAGGAGGUGACCGUAAGCUAUGUGCCAGAAGAGCUCCUUCUGCAGCCCACGACCGCCCGCAGUCGCGGAAUCCGAGAAUUACGACAGGGAUAUCUGUGUCGCUGCACUCGUUGCAAGCUGGACGGAAGCGAUGUCCCAGAACUGGCAGCGGUGGGGGAGAAGCUUCGACAUGACCUGGCCAUGGAAGAUCUCAAUGGGAGGCUGCAGCUCCUGCAGCGCUUGGACGUGUCUUUGCCCUUGGCCAUGGCCUCCAAGGCCCGUGUGCGCUUCAAAUUGGCGCAGGUCGCUGAGAAGUCGAUGCCACAGGAGGCCAUCCAAUUGUACCAGCUGGCCUUGGAUGAGACGGACAUCGUGUUGGGACAGAAAGGUUUGCGCAAUGCCAGUAACAUCAAGCGUCGCCUGGGGCAAUUAUUGGAACAGAUGUGA